AGCAACACUGAUGCUCGAAUGCAAUGAGUUUCGGCUUUGCUUUGACUCUUGAAAACUAUUUGGCCGAGAAGGAUAAGCAACCAUGGCGGCUGGGUGGCUGCUGCGCUAUUCUUCGCUCGCCGCAUUGGCGAUGAGCCUAGCGUUGGCCAGCAACGACCAAUGCAUUGCCGGUGAAGAUUGCCUGGGCCUGGGGAGCCGGCAGGAUUCUGGGCUGGCUCAUGUUGAGACGUUCGAGGACAUUCCGGAGGACAUGGUGCAGCGGGGUCAUCUGAAGGAGCUGGGAUCGCAUCGUGCACCCGACAGCGAGGUGGAAGUCCUGCCCUACAUGAUAAGUCCUGAAGAUUUCUACGAGUCAUACGUAGUCCGCCACAAACCUGUCGUUAUCAAGAACGCUGCGAAGCACUGGCGAGCAACGAAACUCUGGACGGACGAGUACCUGAAAAAAACGUUCGGAGAUCUCAAAGUUCAUAUGGAGACACGGGACGACGACAAGUGGCACAUUCCAGAAAGCCGUAAGCUGGGCAGGUUUUUGGAUGUCUACAAGGAAGCAAAUCUGUACCUGGUUGAUGAACUGCCACCAGCAAUGAGGAAAGAUGUUACCAUGCCACUAUGUCUGAGAUGUGACGAAAUUGCUAAAAGGUUCUUUGUAUCGUACUUCUGGAUGAGUAGCGGGGGCACAGCGUCCAAGCUGCACAUCGACACCGACGAGAAUCUGCUGUCAGUGAUUCACGGCAGCAAGGACGUUGUCCUCAUCUCGCCGAAGUACAGCCGCGAUGUGUACGCGGAUGAGGCACGGAUGCUCGGCGUGUCCGAGGUCAACGUGUCGGCAGUGGAUUUUAAGAAGUACCCGCGCAUCGCCAACGUCAGAUACAUCACUGCUCACUUGAAGGCUGGAGAUGCGCUGUACCUACCUCAGAUGUGGUGGCACUAUGUUUACUCUGGAGUAGGCUGUCAGCAAGCCAUCGCCAUGUGGUGGAAGUCCAUUCCCUACCAGAAAGGAUUUGCAAUGAAGUCGGCUUCAACAUCGCGUGAGAGAACCGAAGCGGAGAGGCAGGCAGAUCCGCGCAUCACGUCACUGGCUCGCUGGCUGGAGGAGUACAUUGCCUGGAUUGAUGACAUGCGGCCAGACGCCGACACAAGACCAGUGUGUGAAAACCAAGUCAAGCUAAUGAGUGAGUUCACGUUUGAAACGGACAGGGUUGAAUGGCGUGAGGAGCUGACUGGCAAGGGCCGCUCACAUACGGAAACCCCAGAUGUUGACAUGGAGCAUGAACCACUGUGCCACUUUGACAUAACAAACCCAAACAACCCAUGCCGCACGCCGGCAUGUAAUGACGGACAGAUCUCAGAUGAAUUGGCAGACUUUCUCAACAUGACAAAGCCAGAUGUGGAAGAAGAGGGAGACGAAGAUGAGGAGAAAAACGAGAGGGAGUGUAUUCGCCACAUCCUGGACUACUGUGAGCGGUACGAAGACCGUGGUUGUGUCAUUGCACUACCCCAAUUACUGAACAAGAAAUCAGAGCCGGAACUCGAGCUCAUCAACCAACUCCGCAGUCCACUAACUCCGAAGAACUGAAACGCAGCUCCAUAGCUUGAUCAUGACUUUGCUGCACAGCUGCAACACCUGCCCAACGUCUUUCAAAUCCUGCUUAUCUCGGUCAAUAUCAUGUCUCUUUGAGUGUGUGUGCAAAAUCCCUUGACAAAGUAUGAGUGAAUGAGCAAAUUGACAAGAUACUGUGCAUCGCUGGCCGUGGAAUUACCGCCGCUUCAAGAAGAGUGAAAUCUUGAUUCAAAUUUUAUCCAUUACAUCAAUGGCAUACCUUAAUUUCAACAAAAAAUGACGAUUGGCCCCCUAUUCACAUCUGACGGCUCAUAUAUAUAUAAUGUUACACACACACACACACGCACCUCAGACCUCAGACCUGCCCAUCGCGGAAGCGAUGAUAGCGAACCGCUAUGUUAGACAUAGCAACACACACACACACACACACACACACACACCUUUGACCUUUGACCUUUGACGCCCAUCGCCGGAGGUGAUGAUAGCAAUGCUACGGCAGAAGCCAUAGCAACUUGUGCUGGGAUUGCACCAUUCAACAGCUUGCAAGGCUGAAGAAUUGACCGUCACUAUUCAGCCUGGUCUACACCAUACAGCUAUUUUGAAGUGAUUUUUCUGGCCAGUGAAUCCCUAUUUUUGGUCUUUUCAUUUUUUUCCCGCACACACAUCACACCACAUACUCCGGCAUGCACUGGCUGUUGGUAACCACCCAGGAGAAUGAAAGAAAAGUCAGGAAGAGUCUGAGAAAGAGAAGAAAGACGUGUGUGACCAUAAUCGUCGGGAAUCGAACCCGCAACUUAUCGAUUGGAAAUCGCUGCACAUACCACUGCACCAUAUGGGACACACACACACACACACACACACACAUACACAUAAGGAGGUGAAAUCGGAAGGCAGCCUGUGCCGACAAUGCUAACAUGACAUUGGCUCCCUGAUUUUCAAGCUGUCUCUACUUAUGGGCUUAUCUUAGCAGGUGCAGUGCAUAGUAAUAAUAAUGAUCUGUUACAGUGCUACAGUGAUACUGCACAGCAUUGACAGCACUCAGCAUAAUGACCUCAUAGUUCAGGACAAUGACCUCAUAAUUCAGGACAAUGACCUCGUCGUUAUCAUUACCUUGACCAUUCUAAUCAAUUAUGUGGUGU